CACAGCAAGCGCGAGUCGGAAGCACUGCUGCAGUCCUGUCAAGUCGCAUUGCGCGCACAGCUGAUACUUCUGGGCGAACUAAACGGCAAGACGAGGGGUUAGGAAGGACUCUCAACGCUGUUUUCUUACCGCGGCCGUUUAAUGACGCCUACUUUAAGAAAUCUUUCUUCUUUUUUUAGCUCUUCUGCAGCACUCUGCUGCUCCUUAGUUAUCUUUAUUCGUAACUGGAUAGCAGUAUUGCAUUUCCUUCUUUUUCAAAACACUUGCCGUAACCGGUUUUGCAAGUCACAAUGGGACAUUGUCAAGCAUGAAAAACGUCGAGAGCGACAAUUAUGUGUAAAAAUAUCUUAAAUAGUGCCCUUCGACAAAUAUGCAUUGUACGUGGUAAAUUUUAACGUACGGUCAUACCAUGAACGGGGUAGAUAUGGAAAGCUCCGGAGACCGCUUCAACAGCAGUAUGGAAGAGAAGUACAGAGCUUUGGCUUAUGACACUGCACUUAGUACUUUACUGGCAGUACUCGUGUAUGUGGUCGUGAAAGUGAGUUUAGAUGGGAUAAGGCAAUGGCGAGCGAGGGUGUCGGUUCUUAUUGUGGGUUCAGGUCCCAUUGGCCUCACCGCUGCCCUUGUCGCUGUCCGCUCUGGCAAGGUGCUGAAACUGACGGUGCUGGACGAGCGCUACAGGACCGCUCUUCUUUGUAGACCUCAGCAAAUCGCGUUGGACCCCACAAGCGUAAAAUUUCUCCUCGGACUGGGGGUGGAUUUUGACAAUAUGGAAGGGUGCUGGCACAACGAUCAUUUCUUCACUAAAAUUGGUGUAUUUCAAGAAUAUCUCUUAAGCAUUCUGGAGCAAAAGAAACAGACGAUUGACAUCAAAGUCCAUUUGGGGACAAAGUUCACGGAGGACUACCUGCGGAGAAUCCCCGGCCCUGAUUGGCCGCGCAUUAUCGUGGUGGCGGACGGCUCCUGCGGGGAGUCAUGCUCCGUGCUGGGGAUCAGCUCCGACUACAUCGUGGAGUCCUGCAAUGCCUACGGCGCCAACGCCACCAUCGAGAGACUGGACCAGAGACAGGUUCCCACACCUGAGAUAAAGGCACACAGUCUGUACUUUGACCUGUCUGCGUACGGGAUGGACACCGCCAGGGAGUCACGGAAUUCCGCGGUCAAGCCAGGGUUCCACCUGAAGAUCUACGGGACCUUCCGCAACCGCUACAUGGCCCUGGCCUGUCCCUCCUCCGACUCCAAGAUGGUUCGCUUCCUGCGCCACACCGCCAACUCAGCGAUCAUGAAGAACAUAUUCCAUCAGUCCUUUAAUGCCUACAAGACGGACAUUGAGCCACGUCUGAACGACCUGACGCUGCAUCACAUGCAGUGCAGUCGCAGGCUGUUUGAGAUAAUGCUGUCUCAUCGCCGGGUCAAUGCGGCCUACAUCGAGGGAGACAACGUGGCUGUGACCAUCGAAGGCGAGGCCGCCCGGGUUUUGAACUUUGACACAGGCUGCGGCGUGAACGUGGGAUUGAGAGGACUGGAGUCUUUAGGAACGUUUAUUUACAAGACUGCAACUGCACUCGAUCAGAAUGAUGUCUUUGAGGCCCUUUCAGCCAAAAUCCAGCAUUCCAAACAGGUGGCUGAAAGCUUUAGGCAAACGGGACUGGCAUCGACUAUGUUUGAGUGAAAGUGCGUGUGACUUGGCAGUGCAGCCUUUCCUGAAAACAUGCACUGUACACAUAGCACACGGUGCAGUACAUCGUACUGUACAUUUUAUUGUGGUCGCAGUGGCUGAUAGCUGACAGUCUUGUUCUACUGAUUAAAGAUGUGACGUCAAUGGUUACCUGGAGUGCACUGUGUGUAAAAACGUUCUUGCACCUCGGAUGAUUGAGGGAUGUUCAGUGCAGUUACUCAAUUAAUAGGUGCAAUUCAGUGAUUUCAAGAACAUAAAUACAUUGUGUAAUAAUAAAGAAAAGUUUAUUCAAUACAUUACUGUAGCUAUGCGUGUCUAAUACGGUUUAUACAGUAAAUGUUCAGUCCUGAUGCACCUGAUUCUUUGUGUUCCUAUGGUAAUGCGUGGUCUAGCAUGUCUGCCCGGUCUAUAACUGGUUCACUAGAACACACUUCUAUAAAUAAGGCCCAGUAUUUCCACAAACUGUUUUAUAGCCUGUAAUUUAGACCACCAAAAUGCAAAUAUAAUUUCUGCAGCAAGUAACCUGACAAAAACUUAUUAAAAACCACCUCAUUUCCUGAUCUGGAUAUAUGUGCCAGUGAUACAUUAAUGUUUACUACUACAAUAAUAUUAUGUCAGCUCUUCAUUUUGGACUUCAACUUUCAAAUAGUAAUUCAAAAAUACCCUAAAGCGUGAGUCAGACACUAUCCCCGUCACUGCAAUAGUAUUGCAUUGCAUCAUAUUCAUAAAGAAAACUGAUGAAAAUAUGCAAAUGUUUUCACAUAGGUAAAACUAUUAAUCAUUAUACAAUUAUCAGUUAUUCUCAUCAUUCAGUAAUCUAUCAAAACCUGUUAUGUGUUCAACAAGAGUGGCUGCAGAGCCACAUAGUGGAUUUCAUCUGAAUUACAGGCUUCAAAAUCCAACUGCCAAAUAUGCAGGGUCCUAUUUAUAGUACUUCUCAGCGCAGCCCUUUCAGACUGUAAAGCUUCUAAAGGUAAUUUGUUUUCUUUGAAUGCUGAUCACUGUAGGCAGCAGAAUCUGGCAUCCUGUAUAUCAUCAGUACUCUUGCACCAGUGCUAUCCAGUGUAAUUAUGUUAUAAUUCUGUAGCCAAAAAUAUUUACUACCAACCUACAGCCAAAAAUAUUAAUCCACAAAGUAAACCACCAAAAUAAUAUUUUUAUAUGUUCAAUAUAUUGUAUAUACUGUAUUACAAAAUGUGUCAACUUAUCACUUGAAUGUGUCGUUUUAUGCAUACAAUUUUAUGUAUGGCCACUGGAUGUAUGCUGUAAAAUGUGCAGAAAGUUGUAAACUUGAAAGUGGAAAUUCAUUUUUUUCUUAAUGUUUGGAGUAUUGGUAAUUCAGCUGUGAAUCCUGCAAUUCUGUUGGUUCUGGGAAAAAGUGGAAUAUUCCAAACUUUCCCGUGCAAAUGGGUUGAAGCUGCCACAAUGAAGAUGCUUUUGGUUUCAGUUAAGAGUACACAAUGCUUCACACAUUACUUGGCCCUUUAAUAUGAGAUAAUACAGUGCUAUAUGGUAAUAAAAUAAAUAUGGUGAGAUCAUGAUCCUGAGCUGAUGUUUAAAAAAAUGUACAGGCAUUGUUGGUCCAUACAGAGAAAUUAUAUACCCUCGUUCUGAUGAAAGCCCUUGAAAAUGUUUUUAUAUAGACCUCUCAACUUGUAAAUAACACACAGUUCAUGCUGAAUUUGGAAUACAUUAAUAUAGGUUACACCUCUAACAUUUAAUGUACAUAAGAGGACAUUAAUAUUGUAUUGUUAAGCAUAUUGUUUCAGUGAAGGUCUAACUCUUGAAGGGCCCUCAUUUUGAUUGAUUGCACUGUAAUCAUCAUUCCAACCUCAACACAUUUUCAAUGGAGUACCAUGAAAGUGGAGACGUCACCAUUACAGAAGUGCCUCAUGGAUAAUAGCAGAAAGCUAACUCUUUUUUCAGCUGGAAUUCAUACAAAAAUUGUAAAUAAUGUAAUAAUAUUUAUAUCAAGGAUGUCGUUCAAUAAAAUUUCCUGUGUUUGAUAUUGUGAACAGUA